AAUUUAGCCCGGGCUCGGUUAGGCUUUUGGAUCGCCCUCAAUAAUUUGUAUAUUAAUUUAAGAUUUUGAAAAAUAUGUUUUCCUGACGUUUUAUUCUUAGCAAAAUUCAAUGUAAUUUUGUAAAUAUCAUUUAAACAAUUUAUAUCAUUUGUUCAAAACACCCGUAAAAUGAAUAGGGUGCAAUAAAAUUAAAGAAUGACAAAGAUAAUUACUAUCAACAUAACAAUAAUUACAAGAAAAAUCUAAUCAAAAGAGAAAUAAAUAACGAGUGAACGUACAGCCGCGAAUUUUCGUAUCACAAAUGAGAUUAGAUAGAGAUUAUUAGGGACCGUUUCAGGUCUCUUUACUUGCACACGUAUAGAGCCAAUCAUUGUUCGAAAGCAACUGUCAGAGGAGGGUUAAGGAAAAGCUGCUGAUCAGUCGAUUUUUUGUAUGGAUUCGUUUCAAAGCUCUUUACAAUGCCAGUAUCAUUGACUUUAGAUAAAACUCUUCAGGAUGGAUUCGCCCUCGGCUCCCCUAUAGGGCCGGCGAGACUCGGAUUCUUUGAGACUGACGGCGGCGAGCAAAACGCGGACAAUGUGUUUGUUUUUGUGGCACACUAUGAUUUUAAAGGCGGUGUACAGUCCUGGUCUCGGCCUGGUGACGAAAGAGAUGUAGAAAGUCUGAGGGAAACUUUUGCUGAUAAAAGGAACUGCAGAUUCCGCGAGUGGUUGUCGCCAAAGAAGGAAGACCUUUUGGCUCUGCUCGCUGACGAACAAAAAAUUAAAAGAUACUUUGCCUCAGAGGAUUUGGCGCCGUCGGUGUUCAUUUUGUAUGUUUUAUCUCACGGAAAUGAAGACGGAUUGAUUUACACAGACAAACUUCAUUACCUCGAUCAAUAUGAUACUUUCAACGCUAAGGAUGUUUUUGAUUCACUGCAACAAAUAUUUCCUGAAAGCCUCAAAUUCGUUUUUCUUGGCCCUUGCAGAGGAUCAUUGGAGGAUAAAGUUUUCAAUCCUAAUGACGGCCAGGUGGAAAGUAAAAUCUCAAGCAGAGUUUCAUUCGAACCACGAAUGCGCAAUCUGGUCAUCUUGUAUUCAACCGUGGAGACGACAAAAGCGAAGCGGGACGACGCAGGCACUUGGCUGGUUAAGUUUUCGUGCAUGCAGUUGAACAAAAUGAGGGAAAAUGAGAGUGUUGUGAAGUUUUUGACAGGCGUUCAAAACAGAAUUCACUUAGAGACGACUACAUUUCGCAAGGAAGGACAGACGCCCGAAUUCAAAAUUAAUCCGCAAGACAGAAAAUUCACAUUUUCUUCUCUUUCUAUUGAAUUUUUUGAAAAUGAUUCACCGAGAGAUGGAUCGGACGCCAAAGGGGCGAUUCACAUCUCAGAACAUUCACAACCUGAGCAGCCGCGAUCGAUUUACUUUGAUUGGCGGAAUCCCAUAUCAAAUAAGCUGCUUAGAGGCAGGCGGGCAGUCAUUUUCCACCAAGGAAGCGAGAAAAGCGAUGAUAUAGAGAAAAUUGACUCUGCUCUGAUUAAAAAAUUUAACUUUGAGACGAUCAGGGUGAAAAUUGACAACGAUGGAUUGAAUCAUUACCUAAGUAAAAGAGAAGGAAACAAGUCGUGGGAAGAUUAUGGUUGCUUUGCUGCCUUCAUUUUUGCUGAGAUCUCGGAACCGGAAGAUGGAGAAAUUUGCAUUUGCUUAAAUGAAAAUGAAAAGAAGCCGAUCGGCGAGUUAAUCCAUGGAUUGCUCGGACCGCGAAAUGACGACUGCAUAGGAAAACCCAAGCUUUUCUUUUUUCUUGAGCAACAACAUAUUUAUACUGACAGCACAUUGAUGGAACAAAAACCGAAUUUUGAAUACAUGCGGGCCACCAAUCACAGCGGUUGGCUCGUCUGUGUCAUCCGAGAUAAAGAUACUUGCCAGGCGUUCUUAAAAAUGUUUGAGCAAGAGGAAAUGAAUUUCGAUUUAAAGAGCUUGCAAGAAUUUCUGGGUGAUUUGGUCGUGGGAUCCGGUACUGGUCAAAAGGUGAUGCUUGUUUCAACUUUGCCGCACUUGUUGCAUUUUCCAGAGUUAAAAAGAAAUUUUAUUGAACCCUACUUUGCCAUGCCAAGAGGCAGUUACUGGAACAACACACAUGAUAUAAUUGAAUACAACACGUUUAUUGAACAUGCAAAAAACCUUGAAAUGAAUCGGAUUUGGCUGCUGUCUUCAGAUCCAGGCUCUGGAAAGUCAACAGUGUUGCGUGAAAUUGCAUUUGAACUGCAAAGAGAACUAGGAGGUGCAUUCAAAGUUUUGAAAGUCGAUCUUUCUCAAAUCACACUUUCCUCGUCUGGAGCAAUAAGAAAAAAAAGGAAAUUACCGUCUCUUGGCUCUGUCGUCGCUCACGAAACAGGAAAUCGAGAGGAAGAUAUUCAAAACUGGAUCAAAGAAGAGAAAUUAAUCGUGAUGUUUGAUGGAUUUGAUGAAAAAUGCCCCAUUUACAGAGAUCAAGUGCUUGACUUGUUUCUGGAAGCAAUAGAAAAAAACGUUCCUAUUUGGAUUUCAACGCGACCGCACGAACAAGAAGCCAUUCUUGUCAAAUUUGGUGAAAAAAACAAAAUCCGCAUGGCAUCAAUUUUCCCCCUAAACCCGAAUCAGCAGAUUGAACUUUUUAAGGUGACUUCGAAUAAAGAUGAAGAGGAAUGCAAGAAACAGAUGAAUUUUUAUCGCAAAAAUGGAUUCCACGAUAUUCUUAGCAACCCUCUUCAUUUGUCAAUGAUCGCAGAAAUUAGUACCUCAGAUUGUACAAAAGGACCAAACUUGUACGAAAUUUACGAAAAAAUUGUAGACAAAAAAAUGAGAAUGGCGCUGAAAAAUUUGAACCAGAAUAAUGCGAGCUUUGAAGAUGAACUUGUCUCUCGAGUCAAAGAUCUGGAAAAGUUUUCUGCUGAAAUAUUAAGUCAGUGCGGUGAAAUGUCAAUUGAUCCAAUAAAAGGUCUAACAGAAAACAAUGGGCUAGUUACAAUAAUUCAUGAGCAAGAAAAUACUCCGGGUAUGAUCAAUUUUGUUCACCAAACAUUUGCGGAAUUCCUCGCGGCUGGUUAUUAUAUCGAUUGUCUUGAAGGAAAAACGAAAGUGCCCUUUGAUAUAUUCAGAAUUGGUUACCACCAAGUUUGCAAGUUCGUUGUGAUGGGAAUAUCUGCCUUGAAAGAUCUUGAUUUGUUUGUAGCAUUAUUAGGAAAUCCAUUUGAAAAUAAUCUCGAGAAACAAUCAAUCAUCAUGCAAAUCAUCUUUGAAGAAAAUCCUGCAACAACAUUCAACAUUGUCAAAAACGAGAUAACCUUUGGUGAGAGCAGUAGACGUGGAAAAUUUCAUUUUGCCGUAACCGAUGAUAUCUUGAUAAAGGCUUGUGAGAAAAACGAAGAAAUUACUCUUCGCUUAUUGGACAUGGGUGCUUUUCAAAGCGUAAAAGACCCUCAAUCUGUCACCAUCAAAAUGCUCACAAGUAGCAUCAGAAACAAUUUUGUGACACUCUUUUCAAAACUAGAAGAAAACUUCUCCAAAUCAAAAAUAACCUUGAUGGCUCAGCAUAACGAUGAUAUUAAGAAGAGCGUUGUUGAAUCAGCUGCAAGGAAUAACCAGCAAGUGCUGAAAUUAAUUUUUGAAAAAAAGCUUACUAACGCUUGGGUAUUUAAGUCUCAGAUUCUACGCAGUGCACUAGAAAAUAACAGCGUUGAAACUGUCGAGCUUUUAAUAGACUCUGGAGCUAGUACUGCCAAACUAUUUAGGUUGGAAGAUGAAUUAUCUUUAUUCAGUUAUCAUUCUUUAAAAGUGAGCACUGUAGAAGCACUCCUCAAGACGAGAACAGAGCAUCCAGUCAAAUUGGCAGAUAGAAUUUUUAAAAUUAGCCUUUCUUGCACAAAUUUUGAAGUAGCAAAGUAUUUGCAUGACAGAUACCAGGGUCGUCGUAAUCAGCCCGUCUCCUUUUCAGUACACAAAAGUAGCUUGCUCCAUGCAGUAAGCUACAAAAGAGGGCCAGUGAAUAUAUUUUCCCCAGAAGAAGUAAUUAAAAUGAGUUACUGGCUAGUGGAUGAGAUCGGACUAAACGUCAAUGACAAAGAUGAUGAUGGUAUGAACGUCUUACACCACGCAGUCAUAUUGGGAAAUUUGGAGUUGGUCAAGUAUUUUCUUCAAAAAGACCCUGAACUUGUGAAUUCUGUGACAACUAUAGGCGAGAAUGUCAUUCACUUGGCAGCUCAAUUUGAACACGAGCGGCUUUUUGGAAAACGAAAUUUGACCGUGAUUGAAUACCUAAAUCGGUUGAACGGCGAGUUAAUACUUAAAAAAACUCAUGUAAAGCAAACAGCGUUACAUUUUGCGGCAAAGGCAGGGGAUUGGGAUACUUGCAAAUUGCUAGUGAAAUUAGGCGUUGAUCUUGAUGCUGCUGAUAACAUUGGAUGGAAUGCAGCUCAUUACUGGGCUUUCUCAGGAAAUGUAGGUUUUCAAUUGAGAAUAAUUAUUUAUUUGCACGAGAACGCCCCUCAAUUGAUCCAGCAGAGGACGAAUGAUGGAAACACUUUGCUCCAUAUUGCUGCUGAAAAUUUUGCAAUGAAAAAUGAAACAUUUGAAUGGCUGAUUCAAAAGGGUAUUGAUUUGAGAGCAGAGAACAAUCGAGGUUUGAGCGCUUUCAACUUGGCAGCGAUGCAAGGAAAUACUGAAUUUAUCAAGAUUCUACUUGACAACGAUCGGGACCUGAUAAACUCAUUGACCAACGCUGGUGAAAAUGUCAUGCACCUGUUAACAGCUUCUUCUAAGGAACUAAAAGUUUUUGAAUAUUUACAUCAGUUGAAUGGAGAUUUGAUCAAUCAAAAAACAAAGAAAAACCAAACGGUGCUCCACUAUGCAGCAGAACGUGGUUGUUUAGAGGUUUGCCAAUGGCUCGUAGAUAAAAUGAACGUUGAAACAAACGCAGAGGACCAAAAUGGUUGGAACGCUAUGCAUUUCGCUGCUACUCGUGAACGGGGGGCAUUGGAAAUAGUUCAAUAUUUGCACCAUAAAAAUUACCGACUUAUUCUGAAAAAGACUAAAAGAAACGAAACUGUGAUGCUCAUAGCAGAGAGGUGCAAGUCCUCAGGACUUUAUCAGUGGCUUUCGGAAUCUGGUGCCGAUGUUUCUUUAGAAUGACUCAUGCGUGACCUGCGUGUGUGCACAUAUCAUCCGUAGUUCUAUUUAAUCUUUAAAAAAAAAUUAUUUUUCACACAUACUUAUUCAAAUAGAUUAUUAUUCUUAAUAACAGUAUGAUUAAUAAAAUGAUGUUAUGUUUUAAUAUUGAAUGCGUUUAAUUUAAAAUAUAACAUUUUAAUGUCAUAAUUAUUUAAUAUAAUUACAUAAUCAAUAUAAAAUAUAAUUAUUAUUAGUUUGAUGCAAUAAAUGAGAGGAACAAUAAUCAUUACAGAACCAGAGAAAAAUAAUAUGUUUCAAUUAUCACUUUGGAGGUCUCACAAAUAUAUAUAUAUUAUUUUUUUAAUUUUUGUAAAUUAAGAAAAAUUACACGCACUUCUUUUGAAACGCACGUCUGAAAAAUUACGCUACACUAUUGAUAAAAAUGAUCUUUAGAUUAUGCUAAAUAGGUCUAAACACACUCAGCAGAUACUGUACAAGCUUUUCAUCAGCUCUUUUCUCCAGAGAGCGGCGGUGAGAAAUACGAUAAUAUAAUGAUAUAUCCUAGCUCUCGCUUUAACUAUAUUGUUGCUGUUUAUUAUGUGUAUUUAAUUUAUUAUUUCCCCCGUUUUUUUAUGUUAUAAUCAUAAUCUCAUUAUAUAAAAAUGUUAUUGACUCUCUUAAAAAAAUUUCAUGUAGAAAAAUAAUUGCAUGAAUUCUAAAUUAUUGAAAACUUUUCAAGGCUUUGGAAACCAGCGAAAAGUAUGAACAAAGUGAGGCUUAAAUUUUUUAAAUAAAUUAUUGUUAUUGAAACAUAAACUAAAAUUUUAGAUAAAAGUUCAUAGAAGAUAAAAUUGUAUAGUUCUCAUAAUUCAAAUUAGAAAGAUAAAAAUGCAUUUUUAUAAAUUAUGAUGGUGGCAGUCGUUACGGAUCCUUUUUUAUUUACACAAGAUUGUACUAAUUAAUGAAGCUAAUUUUAAGGCUCAAUGAUGAUUUUUUUCAAAACUCUUCUGAACUUCUGAAUGUUCUAUCAGACUCGCAUAAUUUACUGAGAAAUUUACCUGCUGCCGCCGCUGGAAAGAUGAUCAAAUUAAUGGACCUCCGCUUGUCGCCAACCGGGUCGAAAUUUCGCUGUUUAUUUUCGAAAACACUAACUUGUAGAUGAACAGGCACUGAAGUGAAUGGUGAUUUAAAAUCGGCUUUUCAAAUCACCACUCGAUUGUGAAAUUCUAUCACAAAACUGAGUACCAAUGUUUCUUGGCCCAUUUGU